CAACAAUAUUGCCACUUCCCCUUCAAGCAUCAUGAAGUUAUCCACGGUCUUGGCCCUUGUUUCGGCCACCCUCUCCCUGGCCCAGAACGCCAACAACUGCAACACGGACGAUAAGAAGCGAAACGGUGCUGACUUCGUCCUCACUGACCAAGGAAACAAUGCGCACCUCGCGCCGCUCUCCAAGAUCUUCGCCGAUGCCGGCAGAAAGGUGCACGUCUCGGACGUGUUUGACGAUGGCAACCACAAGAUGACAACAGACGCCUCAGGCAAGAAGGCCUGGGAGGAGCUGCCCAGCUUCGACGACGAGAACACGAGCAAGUGGGUGCCGCAGGGCAUCACAUCCACUGCAGAUGCCCUCGACGUGGGCACCUACGAAGGCAAGGAUGGCUGGGUCGUCAGCUGGCACCGGGAUGACGACAAGAGUGUGCGAGUCACGUUUGUCAACAGAGCUAAUGACAAGUAUCGACACGUUCUGCUCGUCUAUCCGGACGCGGAUGACAACUUCAAAGAGGUUCCUGUCCAUGCGGGAGGCAUCAUGUGGUACGGCAACACGCUGUGGGUUGUGGAUACCAAGAACGGGAUCCGAGUCUUUGACAUGGACAAUAUCUGGCAAGUUGACUCUGGAGAUGGGGUUGGGAAAAAGAGUGGCGGAGGAUACUCUGCAGCGGGUUAUAAAUAUGUUCUCCCUCAGAUCAGAUGGUACAAAUGGACGCCGUCCUUCAACUUCCAGUUCUCCUUCAUCUCCCUGGACCGCACCACCACUCCAGACAGCCUCCUAGUUGGCGAGUACCAGACCAGCGACUCGGUGCCGAUCCGCAUGGCGCAGUGGGGGCUCGACUACACGACGCGCAAGCUGCGGACCGACAGCGACGGCAAGACGGCCAAGGCGUCGUGGGCGUACUGCGUCAACGUCGAGCGCAUGCAGGGCGCCGUCCAGGCCGACGGCAAGAUCUACAUCUCCCGGAGCAACGGCGACAGCAACAGCGACAUCUGGGGCUGGGUCCCGGGGAGCGUCGCCCACAACAACAAGGGCUUCGUGCCGCCCGGCACCGAGGACCUAAGCUACGACAAGAGGGGGAAGAAGAUUUAUGGGCUGACGGAACAUGUUGGGCAGAGGUAUAUCCUCACCCUGGACUCGUCGCAGAUCAAGUUCAAAUAAGGGAUCGGGAAAAGGCUGAUUCUCAUUUAUGUGGACCUCUUCCUGUCUCUUCGUCUCUUUCCCUUUCCCCCUUUUUCUUCCUACCUAAAAUGAGUCUGAAUUUACACCAUACAUGAUUCCGGAAUCUGAAUGAACAAGGUUACCAUGUCACAAUUAUUGGACUGUCCAGUAACUUCACAUCCGAGUGCAGAAUUAGCAGAUAUAACAUUUUGACCUUUGCAGCCAAGAAAACUAUUUCGGUCAGUCCAGUUUAGACACGACAAACCGGAUGAUGACCCUGAACACCUCCUCAAAGUUGUAGUCAAACAUCUCACCAGUAACCUUCCAUCUCGUCCCAGUCUUCCCACCAAUCACAUCCCACAACUUCUGCAACGUCUCGAUAUUAUGGUGAUACCUGC